AACACAGUUAGAAUAUAAUUUCUUCUUUGUAUAAAACCAGAAACGCUAUUGUGUGCUUCACAUUCCUGUCCAGUUGGUGGCGCUGAUGCACAGAUCUGUUGUGAACUGGACUCUGUUUUUCUCCGAGAUGGAGUCGUAUCAGGUGACAAACAUCAAUCGUGAAGAUCUCAGGUGUUUAACAGCGAUCACAAACCGAAAGUGUUUUAAAGACUUCUGGAUUCUGUUCCUACACAAGAUCGUCUGAACUACUGCAAACAGAGACACAUUGUCAUGUCCAGGUCCUGAUGAGCAUCUGAUGGUCUUCAGAGACACAAAGAUCUCAGUGUUGAGCUGUUCAUCUGCAGUAUGUCAGAGAAGAGAGGAAAGAUGAGUCUCUCACAGAAACAGAGGCUAAAUGAUUAUGACUUAACAGACAAAAGCUGUUCAGCUUUGGCUACAGUUCUUGUAUCAGAUACCAGUCUGAAAGAGCUGAACAUGAGCAAUAAUAAUCUGCAGGAUUCAGAAGUGAAGCUGCUCUGCACUGGUCUGAAGAAUAUAAAUUGCAAAUUAGAGAUACUGAGACUUUCAGACUGCAGUAUCACUGAAGAAGGCUAUAAAGCUCUGUCUUCAGCUCUGAGAUCAAACCCUUCACACCUGAUAGAGCUGGAUCUCACAGGAAAUGAUCCUGGACAAUCAGGAGUGAAGGCGCUUGGUGAUUUACUACAGGAUCCAAACUGUCAACUGAAGACACUGAGCCUGAAUAACAACUGUAUCACAGAAGGAGGUUGUCAUGUUCUGGCUACAGCUCUAAAUUCAAACCCUUCAAAUCUGACAGAGCUGGAUCUGAGUGAGAAUAAACUAGGAAACCCAGGGAUGAAGAUUAUCUUGACUCUGUUUGAAAAUGUACAGUGUAGACUGGAAAAGCUGAAGUUAAACUGCAUCAGUAUUACAGAUGAAGGUUGUGCUGCUCUGGCAUCAGCGUUUAAUUCAAACCUCAGAGAGCUGGAUCUGAGCAGGAAUCAAAUAAGAGACUCUGGAGUGACAGAAAUCUCCAGUCUGCUGAGAAAUUCACAAACACUACAGAUACUCAGACUUUCAGACUGCAGUAUCACUGAAGAAGGUUAUAAAGCUCUGGCUUCAGCUCUGAGAUCAAACCCUUCACACCUGAUAGAGCUGGAUCUCACAGGAAAUGAUCCUGGACAAUCAGGAGUGAAGGAGCUCACUGAUUUACUACAGGAUCCAAACUGUCAACUGAAGACACUGAGGUUUUUGGGUCCUGCUGCAGAUGAAGCAUGUCAGUAUGUGACUGGAAUUGUGGGUAAAAACCCGUUACUCCUGAGAGAGCUGAAUCUGAGUUUACAUGAUCUAGAAGACACAGGAGCAGAUCAGAUCGCUGCUCUACUGCAGGAUAAACACUGUCAACUCAACACACUGCUGUUAAGAUACUGUCAAAUGACAGAUGAAGGUUGUUCUGCUGUGACUUCAGCUCUGAAAUCAAACCCAUCACACCUGAGAGAGCUGGAGCUGAGCUGGAAUGAACUAGGAGACUCUGGAGUGAAAAACCUAAGUGAUCUACUGAUGAACCCACAAUGCAAGCUGGAGAAACUAGAUCUGUUUUAUUGCAGGAUUACAGAGAAACAGUGUCUCAUCCUGACUUCAGCUCUGAAAUCAAAUCCAUCACACCUGAGAGAGCUGGAGCUGAGCAGGAAUGAACUCGGAGACUCUGGAGUGAAAAACCUCAGUGAUCUACUGACGAACCCACAAUUCAAGCUGAAGAAACUAGUUCUGUUUGCUUGCAGUAUUACAGAGGAACAGUGUCUCAUCCUGACUUCAGCUCUGAAAUCAAACCCAUCACACCUGAGAGAACUGAACCUGAGCGGGAAUCAAAUAAAAAACACAGGAGUGAAUCACUUAUGUGACGUACUGAAGGAUUCACACUGUAAACUGGAGAGAUUGAGUCUUUAUGACUGUGGCAUUACAGAUGUUUCUUCUUUAACUCAGUCUUUGACAAACACAGAAGCACUGCAGUUUCUAAAAGAGCUUGAUCUGAGAAACAAUAUGAUUGGAGACUCAAAGCAGCAGCUCAGUGAUGUGCUACGAGACUCGAGCUGUAAACUGAUUUUUUUGAGUCUCGCUGCAGAUGAAGCCUGUCAGUAUGUGACUGGAAUUACAGGUAAAAACCCGUUACUCCUAGGAGAACUGAAAGUGAGUGGACGUGAACUAGGAAACACAGGAGUGAAUCACAUCUCUGCUCUGCUGCAGGAUAAAGACUGUCAACUCAACACACUGAUUCUGUGUGGAUGCGUUAUGACAGAGAAACAGAGUCUCAUCCUGACUUCAGCUCUGAAAUCAAACUCAUCACACCUGAUAGAGCUGGACCUGAGUGGGAAUAAAAUGAAAAAUAUAGGAGUGAACGUAUGUGACUUACUGAAGGAUUCACACUGUAAACUGGAGAGACUGAGGUUAAGAUACUGUGAAAUGACAGAUGACUGUUGUUCUCUUCUGACUUCAGCUCUGAAAUCAAACCCAUCACACCUGAGAGAGCUGGAGCUGAGUGGGAAUAAACUCGGAGACUCUGGAGUGAAAAACCUCAGUGAUCUACUGAUGAGCCCACAAUUCAAGCUGGAGAAACUAGAUCUGUUUUAUUGCAGUAUUACAGAGAAACAGUGUCUCAUCCUGACUUCAGCUCUGAAAUCAAACCCGUCACACCUGAGAGAACUGGACCUCAGUGGGAAUAAAAUAAAAAACACAGGAGUGAAUCACUUAUGUGACGUACUGAAGGAUUCACACUGUAAACUGGAGAGAUUGAGGUUAAGCAGCUGUGAAAUGACAGAUGAAAGUUUUUCUGCUGUGACUUCAGCUCUGAAAUCAAACCCAUCACACUUGAGAGAACUGAACCUGAGCGGGAAUAAACUAGGAGACUCUGGAGUGAAAAACCUCAGUGAUCUACUGAUGAACCCACAAUUCAAGCUGGAGAAACUAGUUCUAUUUGGAUGCAGUAUUACAGAGAAACAGUGUCUCAUCCUUACUUCAGUUCUGAAAUCAAACCCAUCACACCUGAGAGAACUGGACCUGAGCGGGAAUAAAUUGGGAGACUCUGGAGUGAAAAACCUCAGUGAUCUACUGAUGAACCCACAAUUCAAGCUGGAGAAACUAGUUCUGUGGAGAUGCAGUAUUACAGAGAAACAGUGUCUCAUCCUGACUUCAGCUCUGAAAUCAAACCCAUCACACCUGAGAGAACUGGACCUCAGUGUGAAUCAAAUAAAAAACACAGGAGUGAAUCACUUAUGUGACGUACUGAAGGAUUCACACUGUAACCUGGAGAGAUUGAGUCUUCAUGACUGUGGCAUUACAGAUGUUUCUUCUUUAACUCAGUCUUUGACAAACACAAAAGGACUGCAGUUUCUAAAAGAGCUUGAUCUGAGUGGUAAUAUGAUUGGAGACUCAAAGCAGAAGCUCACUGAUGUGCUACGAGACUCAGACUGUGAACUGAGAGUGUAGAUGGAGAUCCAUCACGAAAAAUCCCUGAAAGAGUUCUAUCACCAAAAGAUGAUGAAUGCUGUAUAUCAUAAUGUGAAGUCGUCUCGAGAGGAGCAGUAAACAUCAGGUGAAGAUCCACAGAAGAGCUUCACUACUGUGUCUAUGAGGAGAAAGAAAUGUGUGAUAAAUGUGUAAAUGUGAUCCAUACAGGUGAAGAGACUCAGACUUUACAAUGAAACAAUGCAGCAUGUGUUAGAAACAUGAUAUUGAAUGAUUAAUGUUGCUUUAGUAUUCAAAUUAUCAUUUUGUUUAAUUUAAAGCUGGAACAGAGGAGGAAGAAGCUCGGAUGAGUCUGUCUGGCUCUUCAGUUUAAUAAUAUUUGUAUUAAACUCAUCCAUAAUGAUUCAGAUGUUUAAAUGUGAUUGUCAAGUGCAGCACUUAAAUGUAUCAAAAGAUAUAAACAAAAUCUACAAUGUGUAAUUUCCAUGUUACUUAAAACAUUUACAUGAUCUCUCUUACAUUAUGCACAUUAUUUUAUUUUAUAUUAAGUUAGCUAUGUGUCUGUUGCUAACAAUCACAAAUCCUCUCAUUACAACAAACAAAGUGGGAACACGGUGUAAAUAAAAGAUGGAUUGUGCAGUUUUGACAGAUGAAUGAUGAUAAUUGAUGGUAAUUUAAUGUCUUAGAUUUUAAAAUAAAAGUUUUGGUUUGUCAUCAAGUGUUUGUUCUUACAUUUUUACUUUUAAUUUUACAAAUGAGGACAAUCUUUGAAGAAUGGACAAUUUUUUUUUCCAUAAUAUUAUAACAUUUAAAUUGGAUAAUAUUCAGAUUUUAAUCUUUGAAGUGUAGUGUGAAGUAUUUGAAUGUGGAGGGAGUAUUUAGAAAGACAAUUCCAGCCCUGAGCUCAGAGUGUAGCGGCUCCGCUAAAAUACUUAUGAAUUCCAGUGGAUCUUUUUCUUUCUAGGGUCUUUAAACAAAACUGUUCAAUCUCUCCACUGCUUAUCUAUUCAUCACACAGGUUCCUCCUUAUGUAAAUAUGAAUUUCUUUCAAUGUAUCAUAAUUUUUGGAAGUGAACAAAAAAAAUUGUCUGUUGGCUGAUAACUACACACUGUAAAAAAUGCAAUUGCACAUUUUCCAAUUUACGAAACCUUUUGAGUCUCCAAUACUAAAAAAAUGCUAUUUUCUUGAAACUACACAAAAACCCUUGUCAGACCAACAAAAUUACCCCAAAUGUUGUCCCAACUAGUCAAACACAGUUGUCUGAACAAAGAAUUUUAUAUUGUUGAAACGUUAAGGCUUUGUGAG